AUGGAACGCAAACACAAACCCUCCUCCAUCCCAGUCUCUCCCCUGAUGGCCCAACCCGUCGUUGACCUCUCAGACAAUGUGCUCACGGCACGGCUCCCCAGCGGAGACUCGGUGACAGUCUACCUGUAUGGAGCCACCGUCACAUCCUGGAAGACGUCCAAUGGCACGGAACAACUCUUCCUUUCCUCUGCCGCAGCCCUGGACGGCUCCAAACCCAUCCGCGGCGGCAUCCCACUCGUCUUUCCUGUAUUCGGGCCUCCUCCGAAAUCCCACGCAACUGGUCAGCUGCCUCAACAUGGGUUUGCGAGGAACAACUACUGGGAGUUUCUGGGCAAGAGCAGCAGUGAAUCUCUGGGACGCAAGGCGGACGACAGUGUCAAAUUGGAUUUUGGAUUGAGUUCCUCGAUGCUUGACGAGAGUGUACGGAAGAAGUGGCCUUACGAGUUUGGAUUGGUGUACAGCGUGACUCUGGGCAAGGGGAAAUUGGAGUGCCAAAUGCAUGUGCAGAACAAGGGAGAGCAGUCGUUUGAGUUUCAGUGUUUGUUCCACACAUAUCUGGCUGUCAAGGACAUCCACAAGACCGCCGUCCGAGGUCUACAAUCCUCACCAUACGUGGACAAAGUCCGCUCCGCCCAGACCUUUACUGAAGACUCUUCGUCGCUCUCGUUCACGGGCGAGACAGACCGCGUCUACACUCCUCCCACAGACCCCAAAGACAACACCCUCGUGCCUUUGACCGUGACCGAAGAUGGAAAGGACACCUUCGUGGUCACCCGGGACGCAUUGCCCGACGUAACGGUGUGGAACGGGUGGGAGGACAAGAUCAAGGGCAUGGGCGACUUUGAACCCAAGGACGGGUGGAAGAGAUAUCUCUGCAUUGAGCCAGGGUGCGUUAGUUCGUGGACGAAGCUCGAGGCCGGCGACGCAUGGGAGGGCGCAUGUUCGUUCGAGAGCAAGCUGUAA